AGAUCCGAUCCGCUUUGCAGCUUUACCUGUCCUACAGUCAUGUUGACAAAAACACCACAACGGUUUUCGCUUUUCGCUCUCGUCACAUUCAUUUUCCUCCUUACAGUAUGGACUCGGAGUCCGUGGACCACCAACCAAGUAUACGAAAGGGUGCCUGCAUUCUCAGGCAAAGAGCAACAUCCCAUACCAAAUGAACCUCCUCGACCUCCUCCAGCUCCCUCUUCCGAACCCGUUCAAAAUCCAGUGGUAGCUCCCGCUCCCGUUCCCGCUCCAGCUUCCACUCCGGUCCAUGAUGUCGUUGAUAACUCGACCCAGGAAGAUGCGCCUCAAGAGAAGCCGAAAAGCUCUCCCAAGGCCAAUCCCCCGUGGAUGACGGAAUCGCCAGAGGCUGCCGCAAAGCGACCAGGUCCCACCGUUUUCACCGAUCUGAAGGAGUAUAUGAAGAGUCAGUUGAAUUGGCCGCGCCCGAACUGGAUUGGACAUUGGCCGCCUUUCGAUGAAUACGUGAACAAGGAAUACGAUCCCAAUCGGUGGGAGCACUUUCCCAUGGACGAGCGUCCCUACUCCGCUGGUCACGAUAAACUCGAUGAAUCAGCUGCCUCAAAUCCAGUCGCCUACAAGCCCUUUCCCAAAUACAAUACAAAGGAAUGGAGGUCAGCGUGGAAGGGCGAAUUUGUGUCUUGCGAAGGUCCAAGAGGGAGAGAUUUGAACACCAGCACCGACGACGACGUCCAGGCAUACUACGGUGUUCCAUCUGAAUUUCCAAAAGAGUUUGCUGGUGGUUACGAAGUUAUCGGCCUCGACGGCAACGUUUGUUUCGAUCGAUAUUCGCGAUACGGCCCCUAUGGCUACGGCGAUGAUGAAUUCCCCGAAGACGUCAAGAACUGGAAAGCACCAGAGGAGGUCCCUGAGUGGAGUCAGGUUCAGUGGGGAGACCUUCAGAACGAAUGCCUGCAGCGCAACAAGGACAGGUAUAGGCCGGAUGCAAGAUCGCCAACUCAGAAGAGGGUCAGCACUGUUCUACCAAAUGCCGCAGCUGCUUCAUCGGCUUUUGCGCCAUCGCCAGAUACAUCAACGGGUAACGUGAAUUCCGGCAACACGGAUCAGCCAAAGUAUCACCACCGCACCGCAGUUUUGAUUCGAGCUUGGACAGGUUAUGAAUACGAGGAGAACGACAUCACUGCCAUUCGCGCCAUGAUCUCGGAACUGUCGCUGCAAUCUGGAGGUGAAUAUCAGGUGUUUCUUUACGUGCAUGUCAAAGACCGCAACCUCAAAAUUUUCGAAAACCCCAUACUUUACCAGCAGGUAUUGAACGAAAACGUGCCCAAAGAGCUUCGCUCCAUCACCAUUCUGUGGUCGGAAUCCAUUUUCCCCAAGUGGUACCCUUAUGUCGGUGAUUGGCAGGUGUAUUGGCAACAGUUCAUGUGCUUGCAAUACUUCAGUUUGACUCAUCCCGAAUUCGACUACAUUUGGAACUGGGAGACGGAUGCGAGGUACACUGGGCACCAUUAUCACUUUUUCGAAAAGAUUGGCGACUUCGCAGACAAGCAGCCUCGGAAGCUGCUGUGGGAGAGGAACAAGAGGUACUACCUGCCCAGUAUCCACGGUACAUAUCAGAAUUUCGUAGAGCAGACUCAUAAGGACGUUCUCAACGCAUCGGCGCAUUCCCUCAUCCCCCCACCCGUCUGGGGCCCCCGGCCUUACCAGAAAGCUGUGCCCCCACAGAAGCCCAUAGGACCUAUCCCACCAACAAGCUUCGAAAAAGACGAUUUUUCCUGGGGUGUUAACGAACCAGCCGAUUUCAUCACCCUCCUUCCCAUGUGGGAUCCGCGCAACACGAGCUGGUCGUACAAGGAUAAAAUCUGGAACUACCUCCCGGACGUGCGACCCAUCUUCACACCGCAAGACGGACAAGCCGAUUGGUUCACACAUGAAGACUUUGUCGAGAUUGACCGACGCGUCUUCAUCAACACAGUGGUGCGCUUCAGCAAGCGCAUGCUCCAGGCGAUGCACGAAGAGAACCUCAUGGGACACAGCAUGCAGGCUGAAAUGUGGCCUUCGACCGUUGCGCUGCAGCACGGUCUCAAAGCCGUUUACGCCCCUCACCCCAUUUUCAACGACCGUGACUGGCCUGCUGAGUAUACCGCCGGCAUCUUCGACACGGCGUCCACUGUUGACGAGAUCACCGGCGCGGCCGUCGAUAACAUACAAGGCGCAUGGACGGAGCAGGCAGAUUCUCCGUACAACCAUGACCGCGAGUACAAUUUCCAAGGCUGGAGUUGGUACUAUGCAAGUCGAUUCCCGCGGACACUAUACCGCAGAUGGUUGAACUGGCCUAUCAGGAAGCAGCCGUGGGGUGAACAAGAAUACAUCUCCGGGGGCCCUGGCGAAGAUGGUGCGCUGCAGGAGAAGAGAAUGUGCAUGCCAGGAAUCCUGCUACAUCCUGUGAAGAAAAUGAACAAGGACGAGAUCUAG